GGCUCCCUCGGGCGAGCAGCACCCAUCUCAGCCCCUGGCACCCGGCUCCUCGCAUGGCAGGUCGAAGCGGGGCAGCCUGGGUGUGACAGCAGGAGGCAGACUGGCUGGGCAGAGCUCGGAGACAAAUCCUGGGGGCCUGGCACCGUCCCUACCCCCCGCCGCUCUCGGUUCUAGAUGGCUCCUGGCUCCGGCGCACAGCUGGAGAGGAGCGGGCAGCCCCCGGGGGGUUGGCUAGCCCUGGCCGCCCUGGCCCUGCUGUGGGGAUCCUCGGUCCAGGGAGGAGGGACGCCAGGGUGCCCGUCCUGCCGGAUGCCCACCCUGGAGCCGGGCACGGAGAGGCGCUUCCUGCUCGAGCUGGCCAAGCGGCAGAUCCUGGAGAAGCUGCACCUGAGUGAGAGGCCCAACAUCACCCAGCCGGUGCCCCGUGUGGCCAUCGCCAACGCCCUGCACCGCCUGCAUGUGGGCAAAGCCCGGCAGGAGGGGCAGCCGGGGCCCUUCGACCGCUGGGACGGUCCCAACGCCGAUGAACUGGGCUACGAGAUCAUCAGUUUUGCCAAGACAGAGUUCUCCUCGCCCUCCAGCACGGGCCUGCGUUUCCGGUUCAGCCGGGGCCCGGGCCGGGAUGUCCACAUCCUGCAGGCCCAGCUGUGGCUCUACGUCCGGGCCCCCCGGAGCGGGCUCUCCCCGGUCACGCUGCGGGUCUCCCUGGCGGGGGCGCUGCUGAGCGAGAGGCAGCUGGAGGCCCGGGCCGGUGGCUGGCAGACCUUCACCCUCCUGCCUGUGCUCCAGGCCUUCUUCCGCGGGCAGGAGAAGACGCUGCGGCUGGAGCUGGAGUGCCGCGGGUGCCAGGCGAACGCCACGGCCGGGAGCGACGCCGGCGGCUCCCACCAGCCCUUCCUGGUGGCCAAGGCCACGGUGCGGGAGCCAGGGCAGCGGGUGGCCAAACGCAGCCUGCGCUGCGACCAGACCUCCAACCUGUGCUGCCGCAAGGACUAUUACGUGGACUUCCGGGACAUCGGGUGGAACGACUGGAUCAUCAAGCCAGAGGGCUACCAGAUCAACUACUGCAUGGGCCAGUGCCCGCCCCACGUGGCCAGCAGCCCGGGCAUGGCCUCCUCCUCCCACACGGCCGUGCUCAACCUGAUCCGGGCCCACAACGUGCAGGCGGGCGGGCAGUCCUGCUGCGUGCCCACGCACCGCCGGCCCCUCUCCAUCCUCUACUUCGACCGCAACAGCAACAUCGUCAAGACCGACAUCCCGGACAUGAUCGUGGACGCCUGCGGCUGCAGCUAGGGGGAGCGUGGCCGGGGGGGCCCAGCUGCCCCUGGAGAGGUGGGGGGUGCGGGAAGCUCCCGGUGCCGUUCAGCAGGGUUGGCGCAGACAGAUGGAGUCUGCUCUGCCGCGUGCCCGCCGCGGCUCUGCCCCAGUGCCCUAGGGCACCGUUUGGUAGACGCGGCUCUGCCCCAGUGCCCUAGGGGAGACGCGGGGUCAGGGAUUGUUCUGGACUCUCACUCCCGGGGCUCAGGAGGCUGGUUAACACGAUAC